CGAGAUGGAAGCAGCAUUUGUGUUUAUGCUCUAAUCAUUCCUCCAGGCUUUUCCCCCCUUUUUUCGCAGAAGAAAAAAGAAGAAGGAAAAAAACAAAAAACAAAACAAGAUCCUAAAACAAACAAGUUUUAAUAACCCAAGACAACUGCUUUAAUAUAACAGCUACCAACUCUCAGGAAGCCAAGGAUAUUGCUAGCACUGCAGCAGAUGCGGAGCACAAGAACAUCCUUUGCAUCCAGGAGGCUUGCAGAACUGAACCUAGAGAAAUGCAUCAAAGGAGAACUUCACAGUCAUUUACUUAUUUUUAAGGACACAUAAGGAAUCAUGGUGAGCAAGGAGGGGGAGAAAUGUGUGCUGACAUCCUCGGAAAGUGAAGCUGAACCAGCUGUUUCCUUAGCCUUAGAAAUGAAAUAUGCAUUGGACCCCAACCGGCAGAUCAAGAAGAGGAAUAAAGCCCUUCAAGUGAGGUUUAAAGAUAUUUGCGAAGCUCAGAACGAGCAGAGGGAUAAACAGCUUUCCACGAUGCCACAGAGCGAAAAUAAAGAUGGCAAAUCGCUUUCUUAUAAAGCUUACCGGAAGUACAUGACAGUGCCUGCCCGACGGUCUAUACCCAACGUUACCAAGAGCACAGGGGUUCAGACUUCGCCAGACCUGAAAAAGCGCUAUCAGACUUUUCCACUGGACCGCAAAAAAGGGAACCUGUUAAAAAAUGCCUCGGGAGCGGAUACAAUGAAGGGCCAGAACAAUGGAUUUGUAAUAGAGGUUAAGGAUACAAAAGAUCACAAAAGCUCAGGGGAGUCCAACCAAUGCCGCAGGGUCGGUGAAAGAGUGGUCGCUGAUCUCAUGGUGCAUUCUAGUGAAAACAUGGAUGUUGUCCCAUCAAGCAAUUGCUCAGACGCAUGUGGAAGCACUGAUUUGCACAGCUGUACUAAAGAAUCCCCUCCUCUUCAAAACCCAGCAAUCUCCACUUUGGAACAGGCCAUCUGCCAUUUGCAUGAACCCACCAAACACGACAAAAGGCCAUUGGGAAACACACAGUCCCACCACCCACCACAUGUUAAGGUGCUUCUAAAAGAAGAAGCCACCAUUCACUCCCCUACACUUAACCCAAACUUAACAGACCCAGAAGACUUGAGCGACAUGGAACGGACGGUCUGUCCGCUGACGGAUGAAGAAGACAAAAGAACUAGUCAUCUUAAUGGCUUGCAAGGCCAAGAUGUAAACCCGAAGGCCUGCACGGCGCAGUCACAGUGUCAAACAACGGAAUGUAAUGAGCAGGCCCUGCAGAUAAAGGUUUUACCCACGGAUAAAAAUCAGCCUUGUCAGUCGACAGUUGCUUUGAGUGAUGGAUGCCAACAAAUCGUGCCUCACACAGAAGUGACAGACUUAAAAGCACAGCUUCAGACCAUGGAAAACCUGAUCAGCUCUAGUCAGGAAACAAUUAAAGUGCUUUUGGGUGUGAUUCAGGAGCUGGAGAAGGGAGAAGCUCACCGAGAGGGACUAUCAUAUCGAACUGGGCAAGACACAGCAAACUGCGACACAUGCAGGAACAGCGCAUGUAUUAUCUACAGUGUUGAACUGGAUUUUAAACAGCAAGAAGACAAACUCCAACCAGUGUUGAAAAAACUUCAUCCCUUUGAGGAAACUCAGGUUGCACCUUUGCCUUAUCCUGCAGAGAGUUACACAUCAACUCCCAAGCAAAAAUCCAAAACAGAAUCUAAAAAACACGGAAGAUGGAAACUCUGGUUUCUUUAGCGAAGUCUGCUGAAUACUGAGCCUCGGGCCAUCUUAGGCACACGUGUGAAAUCCAACAGUUCACUCAAAAAGGGAUCUUGUUAGCUUGAUGUUAUCAAGAAGCAAAAUGGUUGGGCAGUAUGCAGAUACCUACUGUGCGUACCAAAAAGGCCUUUAUACUUGCAACUCAACUCGCAGGAGCAAGGUAUAAAAUAAUAA